CCGGGCCAAAUUACUCUAUUGGUUCCUGCGUCUAGCCAAUCAGGUCACAGGUGUCUAAUAGUAUACUGCUGUUUUUGUGAAUUACUGCAGUCAGUUUCUUCAGUGCAUCUUCAGACCAGAGCUUGGGCAUCAUGAAGGUCGCUUCUUUCAACGUCCAGAGAUUUGGGAAAUCAAAACUCUCGGAUCCGUUCGUGCUGAAAACCCUGAUCAAGAUAGUGUCACGCUAUGACAUCAUUGUCAUUCUAGAGGUGGUGGAUUCUAGCGGAGAUGCUGUGGAUAAUUUUCUCAAAGAGCUGAAUAAGUUCAACAAGACUCAUCAUUACACCAUGGAGAUCAGCACACGCCUGGGAAGAGGAAAUUACAAAGAACAGUUCAUGUUCCUUUACAGGGACGACCUGGUGGAUUUGAUUGGGUCUUACCAAUACAAAGACGAUCAGCCUGGAGAUGAAGAUGCUUUCGCCAGAGAACCUUAUGUUCUGCGAUUCAAAUGUCAUAAAACAGUAUUGGAAGAUUUGGUGCUGAUGCCCGUCCACACGAAGCCUGAGGAUUCAGUGAAGGAACUUGAUGAACUGUACGACGUGUUUCAGGAUGUCAAGGAGAAAUGGAAGACUGAUAACGUCAUGAUUUUGGGGGACUUCAAUGCAGAUGGUAGUUAUGUGUCUGAUAAAAACAUGAAAAAAAUCCGCAUCCGCAGUGACAAAAACUUCCAUUGGCUGAUCACGGAUGACGAGGACACCACAGCCAGCACAAACAACGACAACACUUAUGACCGGAUUGUGGUAUAUGGAGACGAUAUGCUGAACGCUGUUGUGCCAAAUUCUGCAAAUCCAUUCAACUUCCAGAAGGCCUACAAGCUGAAAGAUGAGGAUGCCCUGAAAGUGAGUGACCACUAUCCAGUAGAGGUGGAACUGAAGAGUAAACGUAAGCAGCUUAAACGUAAACGUAAGACACACAAACAGCAGCAAAAUGACCAAAACUACAUGAAUAAAAGAAACAAUAACACAAGACAUUUUUUUUGUUUAGGUUAAACAAAGAGGAUGGAACAUUUGCGGACAUGAAAAGUGUGACUGAAGAUCUGAAUAUAACGACGGAUAAGCUUGAACAAACACUACAGAGAUUGAGUUGUUUACAUGAUAAUUUAAACUUUAAAUGUUUGGAUAUUGUACAAUUGUUUUGUCAUAUGCUUUGAAUGUCAAAUGAAUAUGUUUCACAAUCAAAUACAUUAAACAUAUUAAAAACAUAUUGAUACAAAAUGAUACAAACUUUA